AUGCGGCAAGCGUGGCACCUGCAUGCUGCUGUGAAGAGAGGGCUGUCUCAGUGCAUGCCCAGGCUGCCGCCCCGAAAGACGCUCGCGGCUGCGUCGGACGCCGCGAGCGGGAAGCAGCGCAGUGGAAUCAUGGGCCCUGCCGGUCGCAAGUCGAGGGCGAAGAGCGACCCCGCGAACGCCGCCACAGACGACACGUCGCCGACGCCCAAGCGGCGACGGACGACGACCACGGAGUCGAAGGCCAGCAAGGCGAGCAAGGCGAAGACAACGUCCAAGGCUGGGCCGGGGCGUGCGGAGGAGCUCAAGGCCCUGCGCCGCGGGCACAAGGUCGUCGCCGGCGUGGACGAGGCUGGGCGCGGCCCUCUGGCGGGGCCCGUCGUCGCCGGCGCCUGCAUCGUCCCUGAGCAUGUCGACCUGACGUCCCUAGGCGUGACGGACUCCAAGCAGAUGUCCGAGGAGCAGCGCGAGGUGGCGUACGAGGCGCUGAUGGCGCACCCGGACGUGGUGUGCGCCACGGCGUUCGUCGACCACGAGGAGAUUGACCGCAUCAACAUCCUGCAGGCGGCGAUGCUUGCGAUGUCCAAAGCGGUCGAGGGGCUCAAGGCCGCGGGGGCGUCCGAGGAGCCGACGUGCGUCCUCGUGGACGGCCCGCGCGCGCCGCAGCAGUUUUCCGAGCGGGGCAUCGAGUCGGUCCCGAUCGUCAAGGGCGACUCCAGGGAGCUGUGCAUCGCGGCUGCGUCCGUGCUCGCGAAGGUCGAGAGGGACCGCGCGAUGCUGGACCUGCACAAGCAGUACCCGCAGUACGGGUUCGACCAGCACAAAGGGUACCCGGUGCCAGCGCACAAGGAGGCGGUCGCGCGGCUUGGGCCGUGUCCGGUGCACCGCAAGUCGUUCCAGCCGAUCAAGGGCAUGCUGGGGUGGGAGCGGGAGCCCGCCAUGGGGAGCAAGACCACGGGCAAGAGCAACAAGCCAGCCAGCAAGCGGGGCAAGAAGGCCAAGUGA